CUUUUUCACUGACAGAACUUAUUCUUAGACACUACUUUUACAUUCCAAAUAAUUCAAAUAAGUUUUGCAACUUGCCAACGAAAAAAAGUUUACUCAAAUGAAAAGAAAAAGAGGUUAAACCGGAAACUAUAAAUAAGUUUACGAAGAAAGGAGAAAAAAAAAGAAGAAGAGAAGGAAGCACAAGGGUGCAAUUAUGGAGGUUUGGACCCCAUAGUCAGUGUUCACCAUCAUUUGUUUAUGAUGCCUUAUGCUCACGCCUGUCUUAAAUUAACCUUUUAAUUAUUAUUUUCCAACACUAAACAUUUACUAUUAGUCGAAUGGCAUAAUCAUUCUCAUCUCAGAAUUAGAAGUUUUGGUUUUGCUUGUGAAUAUUCGUGAAUAUAUUCUUCACGGUUCAAUUGAAUGUGAGGUUUCCUCAUAUGUCAAGGUCAUAGUUGUCAAAAAUCAUUCACCAAGACUAAUCUUUUAUGUAUGUAUAUAUGAGAAUGAUAUAUGACAUGCAUAUUUUAUUUGAGAAUGAUAUAUGACAUGCAUAUUUUAUUUAUUGUACGUAAAACACAAAUACGAUAGUCUAAUGCUAUGUGCAUAAUCAUAUUCUUGGCUUGUUGCAAAAACCGACAUAAUCUCCCGUGUAGAUUGAACUAUCAAUUUUUAGAAUCUUUCGUAUUGUCGAUAUUUAAUUUGAUAAUAGGCUAAUAGCCAUUAAAGUAUUAUAUAGUUGUUGAAAAGUCGGUUUCCUUGUAAACAAAAUAUUGUAUCAAACAUAUUUAUUUUAUUCUCUAUAAACUAUGCGAAAUUGUAUGAUCAUAAUAAAUCAACGUUAAAAAAAAACUAUGCAAAAUAGUGGAAUUUUUAAUUAUAAAAUGACUAUGUGGUUUCGCUAAAAUAAACUAGUAAUCACAGCAAAAAAAGUUCUUCAAUUGCAAAUUUGUAUACCAUUUUGUCGAUUUUUAUUCUUAAUGAAAUUUAUUUAGUAUUCAUGUUCUUACAUUUUUAGAAAACUCAAUUUGCUUGUAUACUCCAAGUAUAAAAAUAUAAGUAACAUAAAUGAACCACUCCUCUAGGAAACCACAUCAAUUAUAAGCAUUGUUUUCGUUGUAGCUUUCGCAUAUACUUGAGGUUCAAAACCAUUACUUUUGACUCUAUUUAUGUUCUUGCCUUUUCUAUGCAAAGUUCGAUAAAAAUGAAGUUUGCAACGAAGAUGAACUGAGAGAAUAAUAACAAUAUGGGAGUGCAUUUAAUAUGGAUGCAGUGUAUAUAAUGUAAAAGAGGUAGAACACUGUAUAAAUAUAAUGCUUCCGUAAUAAUGGAGGCUACGUCUAGUCUUUUCUCAUGAACACAUGCCAUUGCUUUUCCUUCUGUGCUUUCAACAUCUUACCUAUGCAUCUACAUAUAAUUAUUUCAUCCAAAGAGGAAAUAUGUUUAAUGACACUUCUAAUAAUACACCCUAUUAUACCCCAUAUGAUAACGUCUGUACGUGCAACUCUUUUGGCUAGAAGGAUGACAGACGUGGACAAUUAUUUUCUUUUGUAAUAAUCAUUUCUUUUUUUUUUUGCUAGAAAUGUAAUAUCAUUGACUUGCUAAUGAAAUUUUCGUAGUGCUAAUGAAAGUUUGAUCACAAGAAACUUGAAAAUUCCAUUUUUUGAGUGUCAUAAUCAUUCAUACAGAAACCUUCUUCCUAAUGUAAGGAGAGAAUGAAAUCGAGUUCUUAACAUACACCAUGAGCCAAGACAUUAACAUUGAUCAUAUAAAGCAUGACUUUCUUAGUGCGAGAGAGAUAAUUAACUUCGUGUGGUUCUAUACUCGAAGAUAGGGGUCGUCGAAGAUCAUGUAUGCUACCGGAACGUUUUGGUAAAAAUAUAGUUUGAUCAGCAAUCGUCGUAAUUGGCUAGCUAUGGCCUUGUGGAAAAAUAAGUCUCGUACGCAUUAAGAGCAUUAACAUGUAUGCUUAUGAUCUAUGGGGGUUGCGUACUUGGAUCUCAAGUUAAAAGGGAAAUCAAGAUGAUCAAAGCGAAAAAGUCCUACUUAAAAAAUUCAACCCAGUGGUUAUAGUUUUCGUCUUUGUUUUAAGUUAGAAAACUCGUCAUACAUAAAUUUAACUCUUUAGCGGAAAGUGUAAAGUAACAUGACUAGUACUUAAAACAAAAACAAUUCAUGCAUUUAGGAUAAAUAAUUUCCAAGAUUCGAGUCUUUGAUGAGACUGAGAGCCUGAGAACCAUAAUUUGAAGUCUCCGGAAGCAUAUUUUUUUGAAGUCGGAUAUUUCGGAAUGAGAAAGGUAACAUGACGAAUAGUGAAAAAAUAAACUAUUCAUUACUUAAUAUUUUUGCCCAGAAAUAAAUCCACUUAUACAUUAUCCAAUUCAAGGACUUUGAAAUCUGAACAGAGCAGAGAUAACGGAGCAUAUUGUAUAUAAUGAGUUAUUUUCUGUUUGAAGAGCAUAUAAAGAGUUAUUACAUGACCGGCAUGAAAUAAAAGGAUAACAAAGUCAAAUAUACGUGUUUAGGUUAUUUCCAACACUACUCUAUUUUUAAAAAAAAUUGAAUAAAAGUAAAUAGCGAUGAGAAAUGCUUCAAUUCAACUCUAUAAUAGAGUUUACAUAAUUUUUUUUGUUCAAAUAGAGUGAAAAAUAAAAUAAAGUUAGAAAUUUUUUAUUCCAUAUUCAUUUUUACUCUAUUUUGAAAGAAAAAAUAGAGUUUUAUAUUAGAGAUGUUUUUAUCCUUAUAGCAAAGACGCAGACAAAUCAGCAUAUUGACAUAAUCAAGCCACUAUUUAGAUCGAACAAGCCCUGCGUGUCAACCUUCAUUUACUACUUAGUCGACUUAGCUUUGGGACCAUAGUCACCAUAUGCAUACAUCUCCAUAACUACGUUGCGACUCUUACGAUACGUGUUUUUACGUUCAUAUAUAAUUGAGCCGUUAAUCACGUGGAACACAGCUACGGCACGUAAAGAAAAUUGACAUGCAGACCCCACCAAAUGACAUUAAUACAUUUUAAACCAAACCGGGUCCAUUUUAGAUCUUCACUAUGCCAUUUUUGUUAUCGUAGUCUUGAGAAAACUGUCGAGUAAUAGAUCACCUUAAUUAAGCAGAUAAAAUCAAUUAAGAUACAUGAUUGUUGAUUUGACAAUUUUCAGAAACCAAAAUUGAAUUAUGUACAUGGAAAACCCCGUGAUCAUAUGUUUUUGUAACAAUCUUUACAUAAUUACAUUAUUAUGUCCGACCAUGCAGUCGACCAUGCAGUAGCUAGUUGUGAACACUAUGUUUGAUUAUUCAUUUUUUGAGCUUUAUUAUACGAGACACGAUAUACUCAUGGGUAUGAAAAGUAUCAAUAGAAAAACAUAUAGUGACGCUAAAAAGGAGAAACUUUACAUGACUCGAGAAAAUGUAAAUGAAGCUUCCUUUCAGAGAAAAUUACGUUAUCAAAGUAAUAUAUUUGCUUUCUAGAAAAGUAAAAUAAUCGCCAGUCAUCUAAACAAUUCAAAAUUAUCGUGUAAAUUUAAAUCUUUAAGCUUAAAUUACACAGCUGAGGAUAAGUAAUUUUUUUCCUUGUUUUAGUGUUGAAAAGAAGUUAUGCGCCAUAUUCAAUACGUUGAGAAAUAAAAUGAUAAAAGUUGGUCGGAACAGGUUUUUGCCUGCACUUGAUUAGUGCAUGAGUUGUUAUGCAAUACUAAUUCUUUCAUUUUGUGUUAAGCCGAGUUAAUUUUUUUAUACGAGUGUGUGUGAUUCCGCUUAGUGAUUUUUAUAUUUGGUUACAGUUAUUGACUUUUAGAUAUUACUACUAUAUUGUAGUUUCAGAUCUAGAAGGAGUCGGUCAUAGUUACGAAGAAAACAUUUGUGUAUUAAUCAGGUUAGCUUUGUUUUCAUUGUUUGCAUGGAAAGUCAAUAGUGUUAGGAAAUGCAAGUCUGACUAAAACUUCGUGAGCAUCUAGAAAUAUAACGUAAUACAAAAAGUCAAAGUGUCACUCUCUCGGCAAACGGGUUCCGUUUGGACUCUGUAGUCCAGAGAGUUUAUGGCGCGUCGAUUUCACGCCGUCUCAAUGAUUCCUUGUGAAAAGGAUGACAUACGUAAAAAACUAGGCGACUAAAGAAAGAGAAGGAUCUCUGAUCUAUUGUCGAAAGGGGGUUUAGCUCACGAAAUACACAUAGACGGUCUCCUUCAAAUGUGCAGAGAUGAACACCUUAUCCUCAUAUAAGAAACUUGGGAGAGACAGUCAAAAGUUUUGAGACACCAUGUGUCUGAUUCAGUUUACGUGAGACAGACAGUCAAAAUGUCCUUCAAAAAAGCACAUCUCUAUCAAUUGAUGUUUACUCUUUCCCUUUUCAAAAGAUAAAUACAUACGCAUUAAACCUUUUUCCGUUGUCUAAAUGCGAAUAAACAUAAAAGACGUAAGAAAUGAAUAAAUUGAAGUGAUUAAAAAAUUUGAGAUAAACCAGUUGUUAAUCAAACAUUCAAAACAACUUAGCUGGCUAAUGUAGAAUAUUUGCAGCUAGAUUCCCACUCUCUUUUAUUGCCUUUUUUAUAUUUUUUUAAAUACUUUUUUUCAGAGAGUAGGAUUGUAGGAGAGACAACUUCGUCAGACCGAAAAUAAAUCAUCAUCAUUCCUCUUCCCUUCCCGAGUUCAAAGCCAAGAAAGAUAAAAAUCAGAAAAAAAGUAGUAAAACCUUUCAUUGAGAUUUGAGCCAAGAAGAAUAGAAGAAGGGAACGAGAAGAUCUCCAGCGGAUCAUCUCUGCUUUAAAAGCAUUGGCGGCGACUGGCUUCAUCUCUCUCUCCUCUUCCUACUUAUUAAUUCCCUCUCUCUCUCUCUCUCUUACUUGCUACACAAAACCCUUUUCUUCUCUCUCUCUCUCCUCUCUUUAUCUUACGCCAUUUACGUUUUGUUUUUCUUUGUGUGUGAUUAUUAUGACGAUGGGAUUUUCUUUCUGAAACUUUUUAUUUUCUUGGAAAGUUGACAGAGAGGAAAAAUUAAAUAAAAUAAAAAAAAGAUUGAAACUUUAUGGUUCUUCUCUGUGACCACAGAGAGACAAUAAAUGCGUUUGUAAAUGGUUAGUUGAGAAUAGGAGAAAGAACAUAAAAGUCCCGUAGCCCGAGGAGAGUUUGGGUUUCUUGCAGAAAGAUAGUGAGGCAAAACAUGGGUUUGGUUUCUUCUUGUCUCUUUUCUAACAUUCAUUUCCAUUAACUGUCUCUCCUUCUUCCAGCAAACCUCAAGUUAAAAGAAACCACAUUUUCCCCCUUUUUCCUUCCUUUUCUCACCUUCUUGUUCUGGUUUUGAUUUGAGAAAGUGUAAAGCUUUGAGCUUUUUUAGUACUAAAAAAAGGUGUGGUGAAGAAGACAAAGGAAGAUGAAGUUCAUGAAACUAGGGUCUAAGCCUGAUACAUUUGAAUCUGACGACAAAUUCCACAAGUACGCUGUUUCGGAUCUAGACAGCGAUGUUACUGUCAUUGUCGGAGAGUUUACAUUUUACCUCCAUAAGUUCCCGCUGCUAUCUAAGAGCAAUAGGAUGCAGAGACUUGUUUCUGAAGCGAGCGAGGAAAACACCAAUGACAUCACUAUCUCAGACAUCCCUGGAGGACACAAAGCGUUUGAGAUAUGCGCUAAGUUCUGCUACGGGGUCACGGUAACACUCAACGCUUACAACAUAACCGCCGUGCGAUGUGCAGCUGAGUAUCUCGAAAUGACCGAAGACGUUGACCGCGGUAACCUCGUAUACAAGAUCGAAGUCUUCCUCAACUCAGGCAUUUUCAGAAGCUGGAAAGACUCCAUCAUCAUGCUUCAGACAACCAAGUCUCUUCUUCCAUGGUCCGAAGAUCUGAAGCUCGUUACCAGAUGCAUAGAUUCUGUCUCAGCUAAGAUUCUGGUCAACCCCGAGACAAUCACUUGGUCUUACACACACAACAGGAAGCUAUCUGAACAGGACAAGAUCGUCGAGUAUCAUAGAGAGAAGAGAAACGAGAAUGUGGUUCCUAAAGACUGGUGGGUCGAAGAUGUGUGUGAGCUUGAGAUUGAUAUGUUCAAGCAGGUGAUGAGCGCUGUGAAGUCAAGUGGAAGGAUGAACAAUGGUGUUAUUAGUGAAGCUCUUAGGUACUAUGUUGCAAGGUGGUUACCUGAAUCUAUGGAGUCAGAAGCAGCUUCUUCAAACAAACAUCUUGUUGAGACGGUUGUGUCCUUGCUGCCGAGGGUUAACAGAGCGAUGAGCUACUCUACUUGCAGCUUCUUGCUGAAAUUACUCAAAGUCUCGUUCUUGGUUGGAGUUGAUGAGACGGUGAAAGAGGAUUUGGUCGAAAACGUGAGCUUGAAGCUACACGAGGCCUCGGUUAAGGAUCUGUUGUUGCAUGAAGUGGAGUUGGUUCAUAGGAUUGUGGAUAGGUUCGUGGGGGAUGAGAAGCGUGUCUCGGAGGAUGAUAGAUACAAGGAGUUUGUGUUAGGGAACGGUGUUUUGUUGAGCGUGGGGAGAUUGAUCGAUGCGUAUCUCGCAAGUAACCGUGACCUAACGCUCUCUGGCUUUGUGGAGUUGUCUGAGCUGAUCUCGGACGCAGCUAGACCUAUUCACGAUGGUCUCUACAAAGCUAUAGACACUUUCUUGAAGGAACAUCCGGAGCUAACUAAAUCUGAAAAGAAGAGACUUUGUGGGUUAAUGGAUGUGAGGAAGCUGACGAGUGAAGCAUCAGCACACGCAGCACAGAACGAGCGGCUUCCAUUACGAGUUGUGGUGCAAGUUCUCUACUUUGAGCAGCUCAGAGCUAACCACAGCCCUGUAGGUUCUGUUGCAGCUUCCUCCCACUCGCCUACCCCGCCGGUGAAGAAGGCGGAGGAGAGCAUAGUGGUUGUCGAGGAAGAGGCGGCGAAGAAGGUGGGGCUGAGUAAGAAAAGCAGAGGAAGCAAGAGCACGAGGAGUGGUGGUGGUGCUGGUGGACCGCAGCUGAUGCCGUCGAGGUCAAGGAGGAUCUUUGAGAAGAUAUGGCCAGGGAAAGGUGAGAGUAACAAGAGCUCUGAAGUUUCGUCUGGUAGCUCGCAGAGUCCGCAGGCGAAGUCGUCUAGCUCGUCGUCCAGGCGCAGGAGACAUUCCAUAUCUUGAAGGGCUUAUCUCAAAUUUGUA